GCAGAGCAUAGCGACAUCAUCAUCGACCAGAUGCACCAGGUCAGCGAGGACGAGGUCGUCGAGUUAAGCCUCGCGGCGGCCGUCGGCCUUGGCUACGCGAGCGAGGUGGAGUCUGAGCUCCACGCGGACAGGGAAGACGCGUGGAGGACUUGGCUGCGCAAAGUUCACGAGUGGCGACGGCAGUUGGACAAGUGA